UUGAUAGUGUCAGGUUUCGCGGUUGCGCAGUUUACCUUGUGUGUGAUGAUAACCCGCAUGGAUUCCAGCAUCAGUAGUUCGGGAAUGUGAGUAAAAGGGAAAGUGCGUCUGUGAGUCCACCUGUUUGGGAAGAAGGGGAUAGUUUUACUGGGGACCUGUUUAAGUGUUUCGAAGCAAUGUCUGCAUUACGACGAAACGUGCCAUAGGCGACACGGUAAGAGUACCUAAUACCAAGGGACGUGUUCCUACCUAGCUGCUUUUCCGGUGACCCCAGGCACCACCUUACUCAGGGAUAGCAUGGGACACCACCCCUUGCAUACUCCACUCCCAUCCUUCCUCCUCCUCUUCUCCAUGGUCCUCCUCCUGCCCCACCCGGGCACCCCUUCCUCCCACUCCCCGCCUCAGGACACGGAGUGGGCAUCUGUAUCAGGCACCCCGUCCGCCCCUUCCGGUAACACCACAAAGCGGACGUGCACGGACAAGGUGGUGUGCAGACCUGGGAUCGUGCUCCCUGUGUGGCUUCCCCUCAGCCCUCCACUGGCUGAACAGACGGGGAGAGCAAUAGUCUACUUCGCCUGUCUCAUGUACAUGUUUCUGGGAGUGUCCAUCAUCGCUGACCGCUUCAUGGCCUCCAUCGAGGUCAUCACCUCUCAGGAGAAAGAGGUGACCAUUACCAAACCCAACGGGGAGACAUCAGUGACCACUGUGCGGAUCUGGAAUGAGACGGUGUCCAACCUCACGCUCAUGGCCCUGGGCUCCUCUGCACCAGAGAUACUUCUCUCUGUCAUUGAGGUAUGUGGGCACAACUUCGAUGCAGGAGAGCUCGGGCCAGGGACCAUUGUGGGCAGUGCUGCAUUCAACAUGUUUGUGAUCAUCGGAGUGUGUGUGUGGGUCAUCCCCGAUGGAGAGUCACGAAAAAUCAAACAUCUGCGAGUGUUCUUCAUCACAGCCUUCUGGAGCAUCUUUGCCUAUAUCUGGCUAUACCUCAUCCUGGCCGUCAUCUCCCCUGGAGUAGUGGAGGUUUGGGAGGCUUUGGUCACUUUGCUUUAUUUCCCUGUGUGUGUCAUCUUGGCUUGGAUCGCUGACCGCCGCCUACUCUUCUACAAGUACAUGCACAAGCGUUACCGUGCAGACAAGCGUCAUGGCAUUGUGGUGGAAACAGAGGGUGAUCUGGCACCAAAGGGAAUUGAUGUAAUUAUGGACGCCAAAUUCUCAGAUGGCAAUUCCCCAGCUGGAAACUCCUCCAGUGUCUGCACAGUCUCUGUGCAGACAGGCAAGGAGCUGGACCAGAACAGAGAUGAGGUGGUGCGCAUUCUAAAGGACCUGAAGCAGAAGCACCCAGACAAAGACCUGGACCAGCUAAUUGAGAUGGCCAACUACUCUGCCCUAGUCCAGCAGAGGAAGAGUCGAGCAUUUUACCGCAUCCAGGCCACACGCAUGAUGAUCGGUGCUGGCAACGUGCUCAAGAAGCAUGCCGCCGAGCAUGCACGACGUAGCGCUGCUGCUACAGAGGGCGAAGCGGUGGAAGACGACAGGGCUACAUGUGCCCACCUGUCCUUCGAGCGUGCCCGGUACCAGUGUACAGAGAACUGUGGCACCCUGAGCUUAGGGGUAAUCUGUGAGGGUGGCACUAUGCAGCACACGUUCUAUGUGGACUACCGCACAGAAAAUGGCUCGGCUAACGCCGGGGAGGACUAUGUGUUCAGUGAAGGCACGCUGGUGUUCAAGCCAGGGGAGAGUCGGAAGGAGAUAAAGGUGGGCAUCUUGGACGACGAUGUCUUUGAGGAAGACGAGCACUUCUUUGUGCGGCUGCAGAACCUCCGCCUGGAUGAGGGUGGCAACGAGGUCUUGCCAGGAACACCACCCAAGGGCCGGCUGGUGGAGCCGCUGGUCGCUAUGGUGACCGUCCUGGACGAUGAUCAUGCAGGCAUCUUCACAUUUAGCGAGCGUGUGCUGCGGGUGAGCGAGAGCUCGGGUAUGGUGGUGGUGACGGUCACGCGCAACUCAGGCUCGCGGGGCACGGUAGUGCUGCCCUACCACACCGAAGAUGGGAGUGCCCGCGCCGGCGUGGACUACGAGGAGACCAAGGGCGAGCUUGAGUUCGCCAAUGAACAGACUAGUCAGACUUUACAGGUGCGCAUUGUAAAUGUGGAGGAGUAUGAAAAGCAGGAAAACUUCUUCAUUGCAUUGGAAGAACCAAAAUGGCUAAAGCGAGGAAUUUCAGCUCUUCUUCUCAACCAGGGGCAUCCUACUCCAGAACAGGAAGAUGCAAGGCGUAUCUCAGAGAUGGGGAAGCCCAUUCUGGGAGAGAACAACAGGCUAGAGGUCAUUAUAGAGGAAUCCUAUGAGUUUAAGAGCACUGUGGACAAACUCUUGAAGGACACCAAUCUGGCCAUGGUGAUUGGAACUCAUUCCUGGAGAGAACAGUUCAUUGAGGCCGUCACAGUCAGUGCAGGAGGUGACGAAGAAGAGGGAGCAGAGCGGCGAAUGCCCAGUUGCUUUGACUACUUCAUGCACAUUGUGACAGUGUUCUGGAAGGUUCUGUUUGCCUGCGUGCCGCCUACCGAGUACUGGAACGGCUGGGCCUGCUUCAUGGUGUCCAUCAUUGUUAUCGGCUUACUGACCACAGUCAUCGGGGAUCUGGCCUCCCACUUUGGUUGUACCGUUGGCCUCAGAGACACUGUCACUGCCGUGGUGUUUGUGGCUCUGGGCACCUCUAUCCCUGACACCUUUGCCAGUAAAGUGGCAGCCACGCAGGACCAAUAUGCUGAUGCAUCUGUGGGCAACGUGACAGGCAGCAACGCCGUCAACGUGUUCCUUGGCAUUGGGGUGGCGUGGUCAGUUGCUGCCAUCUACUGGGAGAUCAAAGGCCAGCCCUUCCGUGUGGACCCCGGUUCCCUGGCCUUCUCUGUCACACUCUUCACCAUCUUCGCCUUUAUCAACAUGGGGGUGCUGAUGCUCCGCCGUCGGCCGUCUGUAGGGGGCGAGCUGGGUGGCCCAAAGGUCACCAAGGUGCUCACCACCCUGUUCUUCUUUGGCCUCUGGUUCCUCUACAUCCUCUUCUCCAGCCUUGAGGCCUAUUGUCAUGUAAAGGGAUUCUGAAGAAUCGUAGGGAUAGAUAGAUGAGUAGAUUGACAAACGCAUAUAUGCACACACACAUACAAACAUGGGCAUACAUGCUUGUACUCAGACACACACACACACACACAGACAGACAUGCAUACAUGUUCAUACCACAUGCAUACGCAAUAUAGGUUGUAGAAGGAAAUGUAGAAGGAAAAGCGGGUUAUUAGUAGGAGAAUGUGGUGGUGAUGGACUAUGAGCUGAUCCUAUGCCUGCUGUAAGAAGUGGAGGGACAGUGCAAAGACACACAUUCGAAGAGAUUCAAAGGAAAGACUAAAGGGAGUCUGUAGCAGAGAUUGAUUCUGGAUCUUGAAAGGAGUCUAUAUGGAGUGUGAGGUCUUGAGGCCACUUGAGACCACAUUGUCAUGGUUCUGGUCUGGGUCUGGCUGGGCCAUGAUCUUUGGAAGUCUUUUAAUUAAUGUGGUCCAGAUCUGUCACUGAAUAUUAUCUUUUGUCAGAGUUACUUAGCAAAGUAGCUCUGGUCCAUAGUGUGAUGACAGCAAUGAGUUUCCAUUGCAUACAGUGGAUAUAAAAAGUCUACACAUAAAUCAUGUCAGAACUUUUUCCACUUUUAA